GUUGCGUCACAUGAUCCAACAAGAGACAGGCGGAGUCGUGUAGGGAGACAGCAGUCGGGCAGUUCUUGCCCCUCACUCUUCAUUACAGCGAUGAAGACUCCCGGUGAGACAGCGAAUGGACCUCAGGGCUCGUUAGGCCGCGCCUGGAAGCACAUGUCGUGGCUGUAUUAUCAGUACCUUUUGGUCACCGCACUCUAUAUGCUGGAGCCCUGGGAGCGCACCGUCUUCAACUCCAUGUUGGUCUCUGUUGUAGGAAUGGCCCUCUACACUGGGUAUAUUUUUAUGCCACAGCACAUUCUGGCUAUCCUCCAUUAUUUUGAAAUUGUUCAAUGACAUCAGACACAGAAGAACCACGAUAGUAGCAAAGGACUUUGUGGGAGUCAAAUAUCUUCCUUAAUGAGCAUUUCUGACACUAGGGCAGUACUUGGCAGCUGCUAUUGUGAUAGCAAACUGAGCACCCUAGGACUGGAUCUAAUGAGCAGCCACUCACCAUCUUCCACGUGACGUGGCUCCCCUGCACUCUUUUACAAAUGUCAACAUUUUGUACAGCAGUAUUUUUUCACAACGUUGAAUAUUUUAAAUAUGGAACUGUAAAUGUCUUUUAGUUAGGUUUAUCUUUGUUUUAACCUUCAGGUAAUAGGUAAUUGUUAGUUUGUAGCUUUUUUCCACUGGAAGUGUGCACUUUUAUUUAAUGACUGAAACAAUAAUCACCUGACAUCUGCUUUGCUAAAACAAUCUUUUUUUUUUUUUUUUUUUCUUUUCCCUUUUUAAAUACAUUUAAAUCAAAUAUAUUGAAAUGAAAACAUUCUUUUGUGAUGUAGCUGGAAUGUUUGAAUAUGGAAUUUGAUAAUUAAAGGGACAGAAUAUAUUUAUAUGCUUGGUAUAUAGCUGCAACUAAACACUACAUACUAAUGUUUUAGAGCUUUAAACUGUAGUGUUUUUUUGCAACAUUUGCAUUGUUUUGCAGUCAAGAGGCAUACCAUUUUAAAAGCCUAAUAUCAUCUGCUAUAAAUGAGCUAAUGUGGGGAUCAAGCAGUGGCUGUGUAAAAAUUUGUGUUAGGCUUAUCAAGCUUGACGUUUGUACCUUUUUGUUUUAACUAAAAUUGUAAAAUUUGCGAGUAUAGAAGUUAAAUGACAGAAGGAGGGUAACAUAAUGAAUAUUUAUAUAUUGUAAUGCAUACUUUACACUUUUUGAAUUCCCCAUAAAAUGCUUAUGUCUA